AUGCCAAGCCCCCCAACUGUGGAGAUGGAAGGAGAUUCGGUUGGUGAUAAUAAAAUAUCAUCCCUGUCUUCCAAGCGAUGCAAGAAGUCCAAAGCCACUUGCACAUGCACCCUCACAAAGGCAAAACCUCCCCAUGUGACACCUGGGGGCCACAACCAAAUGAAAGAAGCCAUGGUACCAGAGAAUGAGAUGAAAGGUCCACAGGAUGAUGGCAUCGUACCCAAGACACCACCUCGCAACUCACCUGAACCAGGCAGGUCUUCAUCAUCAGUAAAGUUAGAGGUAAUAAACCUGACAACGUUCCCAUCAGGUGUACACUCAGGCUUCCAGCAAGGACAUGGGCUGCAACUCCCUGAUGACCCAGAAAACGGUGUCUUCUUGGAGCAAACCAUUCCGGAAUCACAUAUGCCAAUGGUCAUCCCUCCAAUUAGGCUCAUCCAUCCAACACUGCAUAGUACUCCCCUCAAAGUUCAACCAGUGUUAAAGAUUAAUGGAAGUACACACCUCACUGUAAAUGAAGGUCCAACAUCCUGGGCACCAUUGGAGGCACCAUCAUCUGUGUGCAUGAAACUCAGUGUGGUGGGCUGCAUCGAAAAUGGUGCCAGCAGUUCAUUUGAAGGCAUUAAUGGAAGAAAACAUGUCAACAUUGACAUCAUUGCCCUGCACAUUACUGAGAAGGAGCCACCUCCUGAAGUCUUAGAUGUUACUCAACACUGGAGAAUGAUUAGCACCAUUGGAAAUGAGCUUUGUGACAGGGGGGCUGAUGUAGGAAAGGUUGCCAGGAGAGUGGUCCAACUGCUUGACAAGUUGGAAGUGAAUGACAACAAGGAUGUGAUAGCUACAUGGAUACAGAUGUUGCCCAGUUGA